AUGGACUCCUCAUCUUUACCCACUACCAACAGUCCUGCCAUUAAAGCACCCUCCGACGUGUCCUUCUGCUCCUCCGGGGUCUCUCCUGCCUCAACACGAAUCGGCUCUCCAGCUAGCUCGCACUCGUCUUCCGCUCUUCUCGAUCUCGCACAGUUCACGAACUCGGAUAUAGAGCCCACCAGCAACACCUUACUAGAAUCUCAGCCGACGAUGGAACGAAACGCUUUCCAGUCGGUCAAUUUGCGCCGGGACAAGUUGAUUGCAGAGCGUAGCAACGAGAACAAUGUUAUGAGCAACGGUCCCCAGGCCCAGCGACCAUUUCCACUUCAGCAGCCUCAGACUCUGCGCCCGAGUACAAGCACUUCCAUCAGUGCCCAGGCUCUGCGUAGCCUCACUUCAAACAAUUGGCGAACACAGCCUCUUGGCGAGAUCAUGUACAAUUCUUUUGACCCUGUUGUUGGCAAUGUUCCUACUCCAAGUCAGGCCAGCCGUGGUCCUCCUUCUUCCUUUCCUGCCCACAGUCUGCCCAGACUGGAGCAACAUGCUGCUCUAAUGUCAUACCCCAACAUGGCCGCCUUCUCCGACCUACAGCUCGAUUCUUGCUACGCAUAUUGCUUUGAUCGUGGCAAUGGCCAAUACACUCAGCUCAUCCCAGCCGACAUGCUGCCUACUUUGCAGAAUGUUCCCGCACUUCAGCAAGGCUGCCAGGGAAUGAUUGUACUUCCGACGCCCCGUGCAUUUCUAUCGAACAGUCGAUCCAGCAACUCCGACCCGAUUCUUCUUAGAACUCCUCCCGCCACCCCCGGAAUCCCUGCUGAUAAUAUUCAGUCGCGGAUCGAUAACAUUGUUGCAACGACCCCUUCAACCCCCACGCACCAUAGCUCGAGCGCAUCAUUUUCGAUCAGUCACAUUAAUAACAGUCACCAGCAGCAGCACCAAGGUCAUCAGAACACGCCUAGCUUUCUUUCGAGCAACUCGGCCCCUCACCAUCACCAUCAACAACAACAACAACAGCAGCAACAGCCCCAACGACGACCCAAGGUCUACUGCGACAAAUGGGUUCACGAGGGCGUCUGUGCAUUUACCCAGCAAGGCUGCAAAUACAAACACGAGAUGCCAUUUGACAAGGUUACGCAGCACCAGCUCGGCUUGUUUCAUGGCCUCCCAGCGUGGUGGAAGAAGCACCAAGCCGAGCUCGCCAGGCAGAGGGAUGUGUCCCAGACCCUGGGCUCUGAGGCGCUUUCCGAGGGCGAUAACCCUGGGACCAACACCAAUCUAGGCAUGAACGAAGUGACACCUACGCACGAACUAAACGAAUUAAGCAACCGUACCGGCGCCAGAUAUGGCACCGAGAUCCGUGGCAACUUUGAUGAUUCAGUCAACAACUCCACGUCGGCCAUGGCUUGGCGACAGCAGAAUAGCCACGUCUUUGGCAAGAAUGGUGGAAUCGAGCAAUCUCAGCACAAUAGAGGAGGCUUCACCUCGAGAAAUGGCGUUGGUAGUCAGGAUUUGGGAUCUCGUGCCAACAAUUUUGCUUGGCACCCUUCACCCUUUGGCCCGAUAGCUCCUCCGCCGCCGCGCACUUCUGCACAAAUGAGUCGCAGCAUCGCCAGUCCCAUAGACGGCAGCUUGACUACUCAGGGAAAUUUGCCUACAAACAACCCCUACGCCUCCCUUGAGGCACUGGACGAUGGAAAGACGGACUGA